AUGGCCACCAUAAUUCGUAAUGUUUGGAAUUUCAAUGUUUUACAAGAAUUUAAAAUCAUUGAUAAGCUCAUCCCACUAUCUUCUUAUGCAUCCUUUGAUACGGAAUUUCCGGGAACAAUCUAUCGCCCGAAUAUUCCCAAACCCUUUAUUUCUUCGCUCUCUUCCAGCGACAACUACAUAUUGAUGAAAGCUAACGUAGAUAUUCUCAAAUUAAUCCAGGUUGGCCUCACUCUCUCUUUUGUACCCGACCCAAAUUCUGGUAUUGUCACUUCAUUCGUUUGGCAAUUCAAUAUCAAUGAUUUCGACGUGGAUUCAGAUUUUCAGAACCCUGACUCCAUCACUCUUUUAAAAGAACAUGGAAUCAACUUUGCCAGAAACAAAUCCUAUGGCAUUAGUUCAUAUUUGUUCGGCAAUCUUCUAAUCAGGUCGGGUCUUUUAUGUCGUGCUCGUCAUCUUACAUGGGUGACCUUCCACGGAGCUUAUGAUUUUGGGUUCCUUGUCAAGAUCCUGACACAAAGGCCACUUCCACCUAACUUGGUCAUGUUCAUGGGUGCUGUUAGGGAAAUUUUCGGGGAGGCUAUCUUUGACUUGAAACAUAUUAUGAAGUUUUGCAAAGGGCUCUAUGGAGGUUUAAGCCGAGUAGCGGAAAUCCUAAAUGUGGAGAGGAUUGCAGGCCAGAGCCACCAAGCUGGAUCUGAUAGUCUUCUAACAAUGCAUGUGUUUUUCAAGCUUAGAGAAGUUCACUUUAAUGGGCAAUCCGAUGAUCAUCUUUGUUUGUUCAAGAACAUUCUUUAUGGACUCCAAUUGCCAGUCCUGCAUCAACCUCGUCCCAUGCUGACAGUAGGGACAGUACCCAUUUGGCCGCAAUCUUCUAGUGUAGUUAUUUAUAAUGUCUAA